GUCCACCAAUCGGCUGUCUUUUAGACACGGCGUGUUACGUCACAGCGUUUGCUAGCGGACGGUGCCGUUGGUCAACAUGGCGGCGCACAGUCUUCUCACGUCACUGAGCAGGCUGCUUUCUGCUGCCAAGCGCUCCUCUGUCCGCUGCAGAUGUCCCGCCCACAGCACCCGCCUGUAUUCCACCGUGCAUGCGUCAGAAGAGAAGACGUUCGAUAAGAUCCUCAUCGCCAACCGAGGGGAGAUCGCCUGCAGGGUCAUCAAGACAUGCCGGAAGAUGGGCAUCCAGACCGUGGCGGUCCACAGCGACGUGGACUCCAGCGCGGUCCAUGUGAAAAUGGCAGACGAGGCGGUCUGUGUGGGCCCGGCGCCCACCAGCAAGAGCUACCUCAACAUGGACGCCAUCAUGGACGCCAUCCGGAGGACUGGAGCUCAGGCUGUUCACCCUGGCUAUGGGUUCCUGUCUGAAAACAAGGAAUUUGCCAAGAGACUGGCAGCCGAGGGCGUAGCCUUCAUUGGCCCCGACACUCACGCUAUCCAGGCCAUGGGAGACAAAAUCGAGAGCAAGCUGAUCGCCAAGGCGGCGAAGGUCAACACCAUCCCAGGCUUCGACGGCGUUGUGGAGAGCGCUGACGCCGCUGUCAAGAUUUCUCAGGAGAUCGGUUACCCAGUGAUGAUCAAGGCCUCGGCAGGAGGAGGGGGGAAGGGCAUGAGGAUCGCGUGGAACGACGACGAGGCCAGAGAAGGGUUUAGGUUCUCGUCCCAGGAGGCUGCCUCCAGUUUUGGGGACGACCGGCUGCUCAUUGAGAAGUUCAUCGACAACCCGAGACACAUUGAAAUCCAGGUGUUGGCUGACAAGCAUGGAAACGCUCUGUGGCUCAAUGAGCGUGAGUGUUCCAUCCAGAGGAGGAACCAGAAGGUGGUGGAGGAGGCGCCGAGCACCUUCCUGGACCUGGAGACCCGCAGGGCCAUGGGUGAGCAGGCGGUCCAGCUGGCCAAAGCAGUCCAGUACUCCUCUGCUGGGACCGUGGAGUUUCUGGUGGACUCCAGGAAGAACUUCUACUUCCUGGAGAUGAACACUAGGCUGCAGGUGGAGCACCCCAUCACAGAGUGCAUCACAGGGCUGGACCUGGUGGAGCAGAUGAUCCGGGUGGCCAAAGGUUACCAGCUCCAGCACCAACAGGAGGACAUCCCCAUCAACGGCUGGGCAGUGGAGAGCCGGGUCUACGCCGAGGACCCCUACAAGUCGUUUGGGCUUCCCUCCAUCGGCCGACUGUCUCAGUACCAGGAGCCACUGGACCUCAGCAAUGUUCGGGUCGAUAGCGGUAUCCAAGAAGGAAGUGACAUCAGCAUCUACUACGACCCGAUGAUCUCAAAGCUCGUGACCUACGGGGCAACGCGAGCAGAGGCCCUCGCCAAGAUGGAGGAAGCACUGGACCAUUACGUCAUCAGAGGCGUCACACACAACAUCCCACUCCUGAGGGAGAUCAUCACUCACCCCCGCUUCGUCUCCGGCGACAUCAGCACCAACUUCCUCCCGGAGGUUUACCCCGAGGGCUUCAAGGGUCUGCAGCUGAGCGCCGAGCUGCGGCGGGAGCUGCUGGCGGCCGCCACCACACUCCAUGUCACUGCGCAGCUGCGUUCCCAGAGGUUCCUGGGGGACUUGAGGAUCUCCUCCACCCCGGUGGACAGCACUCGCUGGGACCUGAGCGUGGAGCUGGGUGAGCAGAGACACGACGUGACCGUCCGAAGGUCGGGAGAGGGUUUUUCUGUGGAGGUGGAGGGAGGACGAGUGGACGUCAGUGGACAGUGGAACUUGGCGUCUCCGCUGUUGCCCCUCAACAUCAACGGCACUCAGAGAAUGUUGCAGUGUCUGUCCAGAGAGGCGUCAGGUGACAUUGUGCUGCAGUACCUGGGGACAUCGUUCAAGGUCCGGGUUCUGUCCAAACUGGCUGCGCAGCUCAACGCCUUCAUGCCAGAGAAGGUUCCAGAAGACACCAGCAGCAUCCUGCGCUCACCCAUGCCGGGCACAGUGGUGGCUGUGUCGGUCAAGCCCGGAGACACGGUGGCGGAAGGCCAGGAGAUCUGUGUCAUCGAAGCCAUGAAGAUGCAGAACAGCAUGACGGCCGUCAAACAGGCCAAGGUGAAGCACGUCCACUGUAAAGCCGGGGAGACGGUCGGGGAAGGAGACCUGUUGGUGGAGCUGGAGUAGGACUAGCGCGUGCCCAGGCUCCUCUCCGGACCCUUGUCAACAGACCACUGACAGAACCUGAAGUUUCUCGGAGCUGCUGGUACCGGUCCAGUCCUGGUGCGACAGUGGUGGCUCUCCAUAGAUGGACCACCACUGCCGUCGUCCUCCCUCUGGUGUUUGUAGCUCAUUAGUUUUGCUGAGUGGGAUGAUGUGGCGGCGCCUCUCUCACUGGACUGUACAGAACACGCUGCCUUCUGUCUUCGACCGAUAUGAAGUCAUGUGACUGUCAACCACUUCUGAAUGAAUGUGCUCCAAAUGUUUGACUGAGCUGACUCCAGAAAACAUUCAUCGACGGUCACAUGACCUUCUUCUGCUCGUGUUCAUGCCUCAAUAAAAUUCUUUUUCUAGCAUGGACUCACUC